AUGAACACCCACGACGCCGAAAAGGCCAUCGACACGACGGCGCACUUCGAGGAGACCGCCGCCCGUCCCGGUCCUCGCUUCGCAGACGGCGAGUCCCUCGCAGGAUUCACGACGACCACGAGCGAGAAGGCGGGGUCGUCGCGGUACGCCUCGAGCGAGACUGGACUCGAGCAUGUCAAGGCGUCCAAGGCGGCGGAGCGCAGGCUCGUCCGCAAGCUCGACGUCGUCAUUCUCCCUAUGGCUGUCCUCUUGUACCUCUCGGCGUACCUCGACCGCGGCGCGAUGGGCAACGCAAAGCUCAUGGGUCUCGAGAAGACGGUUCUCGGCAACGUCGACGUCCGCUACUCGAUCGCCUUGAUGUGUUUCUACAUCACCUACAUCGUUCUCUCCAUCCCCGGCACCCUCUUCGCCAAACAGUUCCUCCCCUCGACGACCAUCGCAUGCGGAGCGCUCGUUUGGUCCAUCGCGACCACUUGCCAGGCCGCGACGCACAACCCGGCUGCUCUCUACGUAUGCCGCUUGUUUAUCGGUGUGGGAGAAGCAUUCUUUGGUCAGGCAAUGGCGCUCUACCUCUCCUUCUGGUACACGAAGCAAGAGCUGGCGAAGCGUAUCGGUCUCUUCAUCGCCGCCGGCUCGCUCGCAGGCGCAUUCUCGGGCCUCAUCGCCGCCGGCGUAUCCAAGAUCAACUCGAGCAUCGACAACUGGCGCAUCCUCUUCCUCGUCGAAGGACUCCCCUCCCUCCUCCUCGCCAUCAUCGUCUUCUUCUUCCUCCCUUCGCGCCCGGACUCGUCGAAGUUCUUGAACGAGGACGAGCGGACGAUUGCUUGCACCCGGUUGAACGCCGAGUCGAACGGUGAAGUCGGAAAGGGAAUCGACUGGGCAGCGGUCCGCUACGCCUUCAAGGACUGGAAAAUCUACGUCCUCGCCCUCGCGUAUAGUGCCAUGAACUUGACCCUCGGCAGUGUCUCCGGUUUCUUACCGACCAUCGUCAAGGGACUCGGCUACUCGAACACCGAUGCACAGCUUUACUCCGUCCCGCCUUACGCCUGCGCGCUCGGUGUGAUGCUCCUCCUCACCGGCAUUUCGGACCGCCUCAAAAGUCGCGGCGUCUUUGUCAUGCUCGUCUACUGCAUCGGCAUUGGACUCGGAGUUGACCCGCUUCGACGUAAGGCAGUCGGCUGGGCCAUCCUCUACGGCGUCAGCCCAGUCCACGUCUCGAAGGGCGGCCUCCGCGCUCGCUACUUCGCCUGCUGCUGCCUCGCCUCGGCCGGCUACGCCAACAUCCCGCUCAUCAUGGCCUGGGUCUCGAACAACUCGCCUUCGGAGUCGCAGCGCGCCGUCGGACUCGGUAUGCUCAACUCGGUCGGACAAUGCCUCUCGAUCCUCGCCUCGUUUCUCUUCCCGAAAGCUGAAGGACCGCGCUUCGUCAAGGGCGAAUCCGUCAACCUCGCCUUCCAAGCCUUCGGCCUCGUCAUCGCGCUCUGCAUGACGCUUUACUUCAGGUGGGAGAACGCGAGGCGCGAUAAGCGCGAGGGAGGAAGGCCGGUGAAGGGUAUGAGGGUCGAGGGAGUCGCAGCUGCGUACGAUCAGGCGAUUGGAUAUCGUUACGUUGCGUGA